AUGGCAGACGGAUUCAACCAAGCCCGCGCUAUGCGAGUCGCCGAAAUCAUCAAUGACUACCGCACACUGCUAGUGCACAUCUCGCAACAACAAGUCGAAGCCACACAGGACGAAUACUACGAAGAGGGCUUCGUCGUACUCCGCGAAUCCCUAGCCUCCGCCCAAACCCUAAUGUCAGCCAACUAUCAGCCCUGUCCGGUGACCGGACAAGGCAACGCCGAGACUGAGAAAGCCGAGCUACAAAGAGUUAUCCUCGACGGCAGCGCACGCCGAUUCCAAGCGCACAGGAUCUACCUACGCGCAGCUGCGGCUCGGCGAUGGGCCAUGACCCGCCAUGGCGGCCUCAAAACCGCAACGGCCGCUCUCCACCAGGAUCUGGCUCGUAUCACGGACCAGCAUGUUGUGGCGGAUCUCCGAGCGGCGGAUAUGCGGGCUGGGCACUGGGUUGAUGAUGACCCAUCUUUGGAAGCGAUUCGGCGCUGGAUCGCGGGUCACUAA